UGUUUUCCAGCAGCAGCUUGACGCGUGAGUUCGGUAGGAGGAGACAAUCCAGAACCGUACGAGCUGAUUUCUACACUCAUAUCCGAUGCUGGAGAGGUUGCCUGCUGGUUCCGAUGAAAGAAGUAGUCGAGCGUAACUCGGGGUCCAUUUUCUAACUCGGGCUGUCAGCGCGUGCUCUCACAUGUGUUGACACAUCAUCAGAUUCUACACACACAUCCUGUCGGGCGGCUGAGGGAACUUACUGAGCGGCUCAGGCACCGAUUGUGAAAACAUAGCGGGAACGCGUAGAGGAAGAUGUUAAUGAAGGAGUACAGGAUAUGCAUGCCCCUCACAGUAGAGGAGUACCGGAUCGGCCAGCUGUACAUGAUCAGUAAACACAGCCAUGAGCAGAGUGAUCGAGGGGAAGGCGUGGAGGUGGUCCAAAAUGAACCGUUUGAAGACCCGAAUCAUGGCCAAGGACAGUUCACAGAGAAACGAGUCUACCUCAACAGUAAAUUACCCAGCUGGGCUCGAGCAGUGGUUCCUAAAAUCUUCUAUGUCACAGAGAAAGCAUGGAACUACUACCCAUACACCAUUACAGAAUACACUUGCUCCUUCCUGCCCAAGUUCUCCAUUCACAUAGAGACUAAAUAUGAGGACAACAAAGGAAGCAAUGACAAUAUCUUUGAAACGGAGCUGAAGGACCAGGAGAGGGAGGUGUGCUUCGUUGACAUUGCCUACGAUGAAAUCCCUGAGCGCUACUAUAAGGAGUCCGAGGACCUGCGAUAUUUCAAGUCGGAGAAGACAUCGAGAGGCGUGCUGCAGGAGGGAUGGAGGGACACGCAGGAGCCCAUCAUGUGCUCCUACAAACUGGUCACAGUCAAGUUUGAGGUGUGGGGUCUGCAGACGCGCGUGGAGCAGUUUGUACACAAGGUGGUUCGAGACGUGCUGCUGCUGGGACACAGGCAGGCGUUCGCUUGGGUUGACGAGUGGAUCGACAUGACAAUGGAUGAGGUGAGAGAGUUUGAGCGCACCAUCCAGGAGGCCACCAACCAGAAGAUUGGGGUGUUUCCCCCAUCGAUCUCCAUAAGUGAGAUGCCCCUGUCCUCCUGUGCCCUCACCGGUCCUGCAAGCGCCCCCUCAACUCCCAUGUGCACUGAUGCUCCAGAGUCUCUCUCGGUUCCCAAGGACCGUCCUCGCAAAAAGUCUGCUCCCGAAACCCUGACCCUACCUGACCCUGCUCCGAGUGCAGCUUCCCAGGGCUCUUCCUCCAACCAAUUAGCCAUGUCUAAUCACCUUCCGCCGUCCACGCCGCCUUCCAACUCUGACCCUGAUGAAGUGGGCGGCCAUUAAAACAGUGGAACGUCUUCCCUCCACCCUUGUCGCCCCUUCUUAACCUGUUGUCUUAUGAGCCCAAUGAGACCAAUCUUGCCUCCAAGCACCAGUGCCCUGACAUUCAAGUUCCUUAGCCAUAUUCAGGGAUUUACCAUAAUCCUAAACACAGCAUUCGUUUCCAGAAGUCCUCAUCCUGUCAUUAGGUCAGCUGUAGACUCACUGAGUCUAACCAGUAAACCUCCACCUCUUUUUUUACAAACAUGUUUAUAAAAAACCAAUAUCUUUUUCCUCACAUUCCUUUUGUAAAUCAAUAGUUUAUUUACUGUUUUCCUGGUUGUGUUCAAUCAAAUGAGCUGGCCAUGAUUUUUACCUGAUUUGUAAAGUAGUUGCCUUGACACCACAGAGCCACUGGAAACUAAGUGCAAGUAACAUGUACAAAUGAAAUAAUACCGUCCAUUUUAGUCUUUCAAUUGAUUGUGUUACGCUAGAAAUCGGCUUAAUGACUUGUGCUAGACUAGAGCGGUAGAGAGGCAGUCAUGUUGGAUCAGAUCCACUGGUUUUUAGUUGUUUAAACUGGCCUUUGGGUCAGACUAGACUUGCUCGUUUUGUUCCAAACUAUAAAGCUACAAGCGAUGCAAAUUCUGUACAAUCACUCCAAAACUUCACCUCAGGUCUCCCCAAACGUGCAUCUAGAUCACAAUCCAAAGGCAGGGAAGUUGCCAAACAUAUACCUCCACAGAAAUUAGAAAGCGGUAACAAUUGCAUGUUCUACACCAGUCUAAAACUUCAGAAUGUUUACAAAUCACAGGUAUUGAAAAUAUUGCUGUUGCGGCUGCAUUCACAGCUUUAAUAGCACUGAGAGGUUGGUGCAUAAAGAUAAAUGUUGCCUAAGCAAAUGCUGGACAUCUCCCAUUUUACAAAUGGGAUUCGCUUGAGUGAACUCGACAGGAUCUUGUGUUGGAACAAAAGGCCAGGAGAUUGUAGGCACAAGCUGAUUCUUGUGCACAGUCGAGUCAAUGCUGGAUCUGAAGAAAAGGGCACAUGUGUCAAGCUGACUUGAAUAUGUGCUUCGUUAGGGGCAUAGCAUUUGCAGAAGUACUAGCACUUAUGCUUUGCAAAGCUGGAGCUUUCAUAACAGAUUUACAACAUUUGUCUGUUUUCCUGGCUUGUAUUACAAGUUGGCAUCAAAACCCCUGAAGGAAAAACAAACCCAGUAAUAGACAAUUGUAUUCUUUCAUAGAAAACCCUCCUUUUCCAUUCAGUACUAUUCAAAGGAAUGGUUUAAUACGCUGCAUGGAAUGUUCACUACGUGUCUACAAAAUAUGAACUAGAUACGGUAUAUGGGUACACUGUGUUAAGCAAUGCAACUAUAUGAAGGAGAAAUGUUGAAUGCUUCCUUUUAGAAGUUUGAACUCAUUUUGUAAAGUUGGAAAAUGCUGAUUGUGACUGAAACUGACGCAUGCCCAGAGAAUCUACUGUAGGCCUAUAAACUCUUUAAACUCAGUGCCUCUGCAUGCUGAAGUCGCAUCGGCGUCGACCCAUGUGUAAACCAAAUUCUCUACAAUAGUUCAGGUACCAACUUUUCAAAUAUUUUUUUUUUGAUUGUUGGACAAUGGUUUACAAUCCAUACAGGUAAUCCGAUUACAUUAAUACUUGUGUUGCCUCAGCAUAGUGGCACUAAAGGGAUGUGGUUGGUGUGAGAGCUUAAAGGGAUAUUUCAGCCAGUUUUAAGGAUGGUUUUUGGUAAAAGAUUGAAUGACUUAAUAGAUGUGGAUACCUUCAUGAAUGACUUCAGCUUGGAUUAAUACAGUUUCUGAAAUAUUUACAUGAACACUGUUGACAUUGGACCAAUUUAUACUAUUUUGUCGUAGCAGCGUUAAAGCUAGCUCAUCAGUCCUGUAGAGCUUUAACUCCAUUUCUCUAAACUAAGGCUAUUCAGGAAGCCAUUUUAAAGUAAAGCUCAUUAAAAAGGCUGAAAUAUUUCUUGAAAUUUCAGCUUGCAGUCAGUUUCACUGCUUUAGUUGCAUUCCUCUGUGUUUAUUUUUGGUUUAGACUCCCUAAACAUUACCUUGUUUAUCAAACUAUAAGACAGAGGUCCAUUUCUGGAAGAAGGUUUACUUACAUUAAAUUCUCUUGUGUAGCUUUUUAAAUUAGCCCUUUAUCUUUUUUUUCUCCUUCCUGCUUUCGUCUUCGGUCCUCUACUGUUGCUUCAGCUUCACGUUGAUUCUUUAAAGCUUGUGUGCUUUCACUGCGGGGGGGGGGGGGGGGGGGGGGGGUUGGAGACGUAGAGGGGUGCAACGUAAACAUCACAUUACACAUUCAAGCUUUUUAAGUAAUGGGGCUAACUUAAUGCGUUUUGGGAAAUACCUUAUUUUCCGUUUUGAUCUUUUUGGAUUAUAAACAUUACAGCAUUAGCACUUUCCAGUCUUUGACACCUUAAAUGACAAUAAAGGAAUGUGUUUACUUUAUCCUUGGGUUUAUUUGACCAAAACUUUAAAAGUGAAGCUCAAACAGAAGGUCUUCAGUGCUUUUGCCAUAGUUCCAAUAAUUUGCGCAGCUUUUCACUUACAUUUCUUUCAAAAUAAAUCAAAACCGUAGCUUCUUAGCUGUUACAGUAAAUUUUGUCUUUGUGUUUUAAAGAGGAAAAUGCUAUUAACCAGCUAUCAUCCCUCUGCUAGUGUCUGUACACUUACCAGUCUGGUACUGACCACCUCCUUCGUCAGGAACGCAGCAAUCCAGGGACACGUUUGAUCCACCGUGGGCUAUUAUUAAAUAUCAGCUCUGUUUAAAAGAGUAGCACAAUAGCUGUUGUAAAUACUGCUGUUAAUAAUUGUAGAUUUCUUACAUUGAGCCUGUUCCAAGUUUCAUUACUGAUGUGCCAUGAAUGUGGUCUGAGAUUUAAAAAUGGACGAGAAGGAUUUUUUUUUGUGUGUGUGUAUGUGAUGGUUCAAUCUGGAAGCUGACUUAAUGUGUUUUUAAUCAAUGAAGUUGUUACUUAAUGAGCGUAUUGAAUUCAGUUACGUUUAUUCUCAUUUCAAUAUGAAGAUUCAUUGUAGUUGUGCACUUUUUUUUGUUGCUCUCCAGCUGUUUCUGACUAACCCUGCAGGGGCAAACUGAUUUUCUGAGUUGUGAAGCAGUUUGAGGCUUUGCAUUUUAGUGACGUGGCUGCUUCGAUGUUCACAUGCCAUGUUAAAUAGGAGGUGAUUCCGUUUUCUAGUAAAACCUGCUGUACUUUGAUUUCGUGAUUUAGCUGUUUUGCAUUUCACUCCUCUCCUCCUCCUCAUGCAGUUUGAAUUCAGCCAAGUGGUUUAGCCAUCUCCUGAAACCUGGGAUCUGUCUCAAUUAUCAGAAUCAGUGAUUUGCUGGUAGAUACGCCCGAGUUAAAACCUCUCUGAUGAUGUUCCGUAGGCUCGGUGAUGAAUCCAGCACUUUCUGCUUUGUGAUGCAGACCCCAGUGGUGCCAUUCUUGUUUAGCUGCUGGAAGUUGCUCUUUGUUCUUCCACUUUAAUGAUUAAUUAUGUUGUACUUAUUAUAUUUUUACUGACCUUUAAGGUUCACUUGGUUCUUUGUUGUAAUUAUUGUUUAAAGUUUUCUUAAACAGAUAAAUAAAAUUUGUUAGCUAUUGUGA